GACUCUGAUUGACGAUGAUUUGAUGAUGAUGAUGGGUCUUCAAUACUUGGAGAGAACAACGAAUUGAGCUCAAACCGCUACCACUCCAAACAUGGCCUCUCUCUCCAAACCACCGCUGCUCGUCCACAACCACCUCACCUCCUCCUCCCACGCUCUGAUUGGUCCAGCAACUCUAUCCUUCUCCAAAACGACGUCGUUGCUCCGCGCCCGCCUCUGCGCGCUGAAGACCGGGGCCGGGCGGCAGGAGUCGGACGGGCCGGAGCUGCUGCGGAAGCCGGUGGUGAAGGACUUGGAUGGGAAUUCGGAGGAAGACGAGGGAGAGGAUGGGAAAUGGGUUGAUUGGGAGGAUAAGAUUCUAGAAGAUACUGUUCCGUUGGUUGGGUUUGUGAGGAUGAUUCUUCAUUCUGGAAAGUACGAGAGUGGGGAUAGGUUGAGUCCUGAGCAUCAGAAGACUGUUCUUGAGAGGUUGCUUCCUUUUCAUCCUGAGGCUGCCAAGAAAAUCGGCUGCGGUAUUGAUUACGUCACGGUUGGUUACCAUCCGGAUUUUGAAAGCUCAAGAUGUUUGUUCAUCGUUCAAAAAGAUGGCACAUUGGUCGACUUUUCAUAUUGGAAAUGCAUAAAGGGACUGAUCAGGAAGAACUACCCCUUGUAUGCUGACAGCUUCAUUCUAAGACAUUUCCGAAAGCGUAGACGUGGCGGUGCAUGAAGCCAGAUUCAUCAUUCAUCUGACUUUGUAGAACUGUAUGUUAAGGAAAAAAUUCAUCCAUUCUGUAAUGCUUGUUAUAUGUCAAUUUUUGAUCGAAAUGUUUUGUCAAUUUUACGUGUUAGAAUCAGAUGUCUGAAAGCAAUAGUAGAUAUUGAAAAUUCUUUCAGAGUACAUGCAACUUAUGUAGUUUAAAUGUGGUAAAGAAUGCUGUGAAAUAAAGUUGUAUUUGGUCUUCGUUUUCAACUCC